AUGUGUAACGUCCACUUCAACCACUCCCUGGCGGCCAUGAACGGGGACGACAUCGCGGGUCACCCGCUAAGCCUGGAGCAGAAGACGGCGUUCGCCCUCGUCGGCAUGCUGCUGGUCUUCCUGGGGCUGCUGAUUGUCAGGUGCUUCAGGAUCCUGCUGGACCCCUACAGCAGCAUGCCCUCCUCCACUUGGGCAGAUGGCGUGGAGGGGCUGGAAAAAGGAACCUUCGAGUACGCCUUGGCCUGA